UCAACAGCUGGCGCGAACAGUACAUGUAUAUUUUAUGCCGGUUUGGUUUGUUAAAAAAUAAUGGAGACAGCUGGAGAAGUGCCAGCACCACCUGGACAGAUGAACAACACUGCACUUCGCCAUAAGAUACGAGAGUAUGCGCGACAACAGCGAAAAGAUUUGCGCACGAAUACGACAGAUGCGUUGCGCUUUGGCUUGGGGCAAAUCAAGGAUAAAAUUAUGGAGUUGGAAAAUCUGGGAAUUAAAGAUGUACAGGGGAUGGCGGGUCGCAUUAAGCGGCGAAAGCAUGCCGAUACCAAGGACAUGUAUCGUUUGAGCCACGCCUUCUUGCAGGGCAAUGACAAUAUCAACGCCUUUGCUGAGGUUCAAGGCGCAACCCAAGUGAUAAUUAAAGAGCUUACAGGUACCCAUGUGCAACAUCAGAUUGAAGCUGCCGAAUGCUUGUGCAACUUUUCCUUAGGCGAUGCGCAUGUCUGUGAGAAGAUUACCACUAUGGCGGGCAGCUACCUGGUGACCCUUUUGAAUAGUCAGGAGCCGCGCUUGAAGCGCAGUUGCCUCUGGACAUUGGCCAACAUUAUAGCCACAUGCAGCAAGUCGGCCAAAACAUUGCUUCAAAUGCAAUUGGCAACCAAAUUAUGGAAAAUGUAUACGACAUCUUCGAGCGACAUCGACGCCUAUCAGGAGGAUACUGGCAUUUGCUUAUAUUUAAUUGCCAAUCAUGCUGCGUCCUCCAUUACCACUGAGGAUCGCCGUCACAUUGCUAGGCACCUGCACAUGAAGCAACCAACCGAGCCCGCUGCCGACUAUUAUAUGUUCAUCGUAUUUCAGUUUGAAGUUGUUGGGCUGGAAAACAAUUUGUGCUCGGCACAUUUUCAGCAUUUGUUAAAUUACUUCAUGGAUAAUCUGAAAACGAAUCUCAGCACAUCCACCGGCAAGUUGCAUAUUAUCUAUGGAGUGCGUGUGCUUGCCAACAUGUUUGCCACUCGCCCAUUAAUUGGCAGAUUAGACUCGCAGGCGGAUCAGCUUGUGAGCACAUUGAACCAACUGUUUGCCUUAGGAGACGCCGGUCUAACCAUGGACCUGAUGCAACUAUUGAAGAAUAUAGUUGAUGCUCAAUCGAUGGAUAACGAUUUUCUGCUGAAACAGAUUUGUGUCUAUGCUUCGCCAGUCAUAGUUAAUAGUUGUUAAAAUUUUAAUUUAUAAGCAUCUGCUCAG